AUGAUUCUAAACCUCAUGAUGAAGAACAAAUCGAUAACUGUUGGAUUUCUGUAUGAACUGAAUCAUACAUACAUCCAACGUAAUGAUCAUAAACAUAUUAAUCUGGAGGAUUUGAAUCCAUAUUUGAUGCAGAUCAAUAACUUCCUCUGUGGUGGAUUAGCCCUAGGAUUGAGCUGCUCUCAUAUGCACGCAGACAUAACAUCUGCUGCACUCUUCAUCAAGUCAUGGUCUGAUAUCCAUGGCGGCCUUCCCCUGUCUCACCCCCCAAUCUACCAUCUCCCCCCACCCCCAACCUCCACCCCCACCCCUACCACCCCUGCCUUCCACCUAUCCCCUGUUUCGACCACGCCGUCGAAAAUGUCCUCCCUCACGAUGAGGUUCUCCGGUCAGGCAAUCGACCGGUGCCUAUCGGAGGUGCAAGUCCACUACCCAAGCGUCGAGUCGCCAUUCGAGGUCUUGGCAGCUCUUUUCUGGUCGCGCGUUGCGCGGUUGCAGGAGCGCCUAACCUCGACGUUGCCGUCGCCGCGCACGCUCUCAAUCUGCCUCGACAUGAGGAGUUGGGGCGGCAGCGGUGUCCCCUGUGCGUACUUCGGAAACGCUCUCCAUUUCUCGAACUUGAAUAUUACCGAUGAUUGUCUGCUGAACGGCGGGAUAGGCGCGGUGUCGGAUGAAAUCCGCCGGCACGUCGAGGGGGUGAAGAAGGGCGAUGACGUCUGGUCGGCCAUGCAGUGGCUGGAAGACAGCCACGGCAAGGAGGUGCGCGAGGGGCGGCCGUUUAGGAUCUACGCCCCUCGGCUGACGUGCAUUAGCGCGGAAAAUACGGCGGUGGAUGUGAAGGGCGGGAAGGGGAUGAUGAUGUACACGGCCGUGUUUAAUAAGAACGGGAUGGACACGGCGGCUCAUGUGAGCUGCCGUGUCGGGAAUGUGGAGGGGGAGGGGACGAUCGUCGUGAUGCCGUUGCCGGAGGGCGGCAGAGGGCGGACGGUGACGGUGGCGCUGCCGGAGGAGAUGAUCGGAGAACUGUCUAAGGAUCCGGUGAUUAUGGAGUUGGAGCCAAAGAUGGUGAUGAGUGGUGGGAUCAAGAAUUGA